AUAUUUCAGCAGACGACUCUUUUGAAAAGCUGACAAUUGACACUUUACUGGUUAUUAUUUUGUAAUUACAAUUCAAUCUUCAUUGAAAAUAAAGUGAAAUGUUUGUUGAUGAAUCACUAGAAGAUGUUGAAUUUUUGUCGAAUUGGAAAAAAGAAAAGAAUGUGACAGAUUCAGAAGCUCAAACAAAAGAGUUAAGUGUUAGCGAAGUUGCGGUUCAGAGUGUUAGACGAAAAGAUAAACAAGUCCAAACUGAAGUUGAGGAGCAAUUUGGUCAAAUUAAAUUAGAGGAUGACAAUCCAGAGCUUUUAGAAUUUGUAAAUAGAUGGGAGCCUUUCAUUCGUAAACAAUUAGGAAAAAAUUUAAGGAGUCACGCCUUUGAUGGUUACGGAAUACAAUGGGACGAAGAAGCCGAGGAUCUAACACUUGAACAUACAUUAUCCCAUAAUGAAUACUCCAGUGAUCUUCAAGUUACUGCUGUUAGUUGGAAUUCAACAGGAGCAGUAGUGGGUUCCGCACUUGGAAGACAUGAUCAUGAGGACUGGUGUACGCAUAAAUCAGUUGUUUGUACAUGGAAUUUAGAUAGAAGAACUGUUCAAGCGAAUAAACCGGAUAUAUCUAUAGAAAUGAAUGGUUGUAUUAUGAGUUUAUCAUUUCAUCCUACUCAACCAGCCAUUUUGGCCGCUGGCACAUUCAAUGGCGAAGUUAUCGUAUGGGAUACUGCAAAAGAAAAUGAUAUGGUACUUGCAACGUCUGGCAUAGGAGAAUCUUCUCAUAGGGAGCCUGUAACUGAUAUUCAAUGGGUUCAUAACCCGUCUGUCAAAGGGUUUAAAUAUAGCAUAUUAAGUGUAGGUGGAGACGGAAGGGUGCUUCACUGGCGAAUAACUAGCAAGAACACACUAAAAAUUUUAGAUGGUUUUGGAGUUUUCGCCUCAAAAUUACCAAGAUCUCUUCGAGCAAGAGGAGAUCAAGAAGUUGGUCUCACCUCAAUAUCCUACAGCAACCAUGAAGACACCACUUUUAUUUUAGGAAGCAACGCGGGAGCGAUUUUUAAGUGUUCCACAACAACAUCAGCUGUUAUUCGAGUGAACGAACCAACUUCAGUGGAGCUUAAAGACCCUGUUACCCUAACAUUCUCUCCCCAUAAGGGGCCUGUUCAUUCGGUGAAUUUAUCUCCUUAUCAUAGACAUAUUUUCGUUAGCUGUGGAAUGGACUCUUCGCUAAGAGUAUACAGCCUUGUUCAGUCGGAUCCAAUUAUAAGCAUAGAACCAGGAGAAGGUUAUUUGCACGGUUCACAGUGGUCUCCAUCUCGACCACUUGUAUUAUGCACAGCAACAGCAAACGGAACCUUAUUGAUAUAUGAUUUACUACAAAAUUCUGCUGUACCAGUGGCUAAAACUCAAGUUAGCUCAUCGUCUCUUUAUUGCGUGAAAUUUAAUAAGAAUCAACCGCAGUUAAUUUGUACUGGAAAUGGAGCAGGACAAAUCCAUGUUUAUAGAUUAACGGAUCAUUUAUGUAAUCAAGAUUCAAGAGAACUCAAGAAAUUGGAAGAAUACGCCGACACUGCUCUUAAAAAUUAAACUAUAUAUUUAUUUAUUUGUCUUCUUAUUCUCCUUCAACCUUUGUUAUUCUCUUUUCAUCAUAAUAAAUAAAAUUCACUAGUUUAUUGUUUAAUGCUCAAA